CGCGCCUCGCCGCUAAGACGGGGACACACCCCGCACCGUCCGCUGUGUCCCCGUCUUUGUCCGGAGUGAAUACUCCAACGCACUCGUCGGUGACGGCUUCCUCCAACCUGCGCCGCGCUCGGCGAACCUCGACAGCGCUUUCGGUGGCAUGCAGCUCUUUGCGACAGAAGCCUGGAGAGCAGCUCCUCUGCUGCUCACACACUCUGCACAGUUGACACAGCCUACUGUGCGGCUGCCACAGCUGUGACAGCGAUGGGCUCGCCCUCACUGGCCCUCAGUCACUUGUGCUGCGGCUUGUGUGAGCGACACUGCUCGGCGACUGCCGGCACACUGUGAGACCAUGGGUGGGAGGUAAAACCACGGUACCAGCGCUUGGUCACAUCGGCCCUGAGGUCAGAUCCUUCUACUCUGUUGAUGCCUCGAGUACCCGUGCACCCUUGAGGAGCUCGCAAAGCUCAGGCGCUUCAUCGGCGCGUACCAGAAGAAGCAGCAGAAGGCGGGAUUCAAGGGCAUCAAGCUCUUUUCGGAUGCGGGCUUCCAGACGCAGGGCUUCCGGUGGAUCGAGUACCUCGCUCAGUGGCUGCGCCCGGCAUCGAGCAGCGAGGCGUCUGCUGAUCCGGCGGCGUGCUGCCGCUUUGCUGAGGUUGCGGCCCAGGUGCGUGGCAGCAGCACGUGGCAGGAGGCGAAUCUCACGGUCCAGACGCUACCGGGGGUGGGCGGCUACACGGGCGCGCAGGCUCUGCUCCAGGUCCUCUACGGGGUCUUUGGAGGGGAGGCGGCCGCGUGCUUCACGCCCAGCUUCGCCGCGGCCUCGAUGCGCGACUGGUGCGCGUACGGGCCGGGGCCGGUGUCCUCGUGCAACAAGCUCUUCGGCACGGCCGACGGCGAGACUCUCGCGGGCAUCCGCUGGCUGCAGCAGCACCAGCAGGAGCGCUUCGCAAAGUACGGUCCGGAUUUCCCGUACCUUCAGCAGGCGGACGGCACGCCGCGGCUACUUGCCGCGUGCGACCUCGAGCACUCGCUCUGCUACUUUUCGCGCUACCUCAGCGCGCGCGCGAGCCUCGGCGCCGCCGGCGCGGAGGCCCUCAGCCGCGCGAUGCCCGCGGGCUUCCGGCUCUAUCGCAUCGGCAAGCUGCAGGGCCUGAGCGCCGCCAAGGUCUGGGAAGACUUUGACGCGCAUCGCGCUGCUGGUGCGGGAGGGGCUUUGGGCGCAGGCCCGACGACGGACCACAAGUCGCGGCACUACUGAUGCGCUCGCGCAGCUCGCGACGCGCGCUGCCCGGUGGAGGGCGCUGGAGGGCACGUGCUAGACGCCACAUUACCCCACAUAUCAGACGCCGCGCAGAGCGCCGCGAGAGAGCCACAUCCAGACGCGGCGCGAGUCUUCCAGACACACAUGACAAAACAUUUGGGCAAUAUACAAAACUCGUAACGUAGAGUCCUUACGUAUACUAGCUUCUACCGC